AUGGAGGUCCCCAAGAAGCUGGUGAACUCGGUGGCCAGUUGCGCCGAUGAUGCGUUGGCAGGGCUGGUGGCCUGCAACCCCAGCCUCCGGCUCCUGCAGGGACACAGGGUGGUCCUGCGUGCUGAUCUGGUGGCCAUCCGGGGUCGGGUGGCCCUGCUCUCUGGAGGGGGCUCGGGCCACGAGCCCGCCCAGGCAGGGUACAUCGGGAAGGGCAUGCUGACCGGCGUGGUGGCUGGUGCCGUCUUCACCUCACCGGCCGUGGGCAGCAUCCUGGCGGCCAUCCGGGCAGUGACACAGGCUGGCGCAGCUGGGACCCUCCUGAUUGUGAAGAACUACACUGGGGACCGGCUCAAUUUCGGGCUGGCGCUGGAGCGGGCACGGGCAGAGGGGGCCGAUGUGCAGAUGGUGGUGGUGGGGGACGACAGCGCCUUUGCCCUGCUGCCAGCAGAUGAGGCAGGGGAGACGAUGCUGGCACACAUGACGGACCCCUCCAACGCCUCCCGCCUGCCCUUGAGCCCUGGAGCCUCUGUGGUGCUGGUAGUGAACAACCUGGGCGGGCUGUCCUGCCUGGAGCUGGCCAUUGUGGCCGGCGCGGCCGUGCGCCACUUGGAGAGCCGAGGCAUCCACAUCGCCCGGGCCUUGGUGGGCUCCUUCAUGACGGCACUGGAGAUGGCCGGGGUUUCGCUCACCCUCAUGCUGGUGGAUGAGGAGCUCGUGGGGCUGAUUGAGGCUGGCGCAGCACGGGUGCAGCUGAUCCUGGAGCGGGUGUGCAGCACCCUGUUUGCCAUGCAGGAUCAUCUCAACGAGCUGGACCGCGCGGCGGGCGAUGGCGACUGCGGCCACACGCACUCCCGGGCUGCCCGAGCCAUCCAGGAGUGGGUGCGUGCCCAGGCGCCGCCGGCCGCCCCAUGCCUGGCCGAUCUGCUGCUGGAGAAGAUGGGUGGCUCCUCUGGUGUGCUCUACGGGCUUUUCCUGACGGCGGCUGCUCGGCCUCUGCGCAGCAGCAGCGAUCUCCCAGCGUGGGCUGAUGCCAUGGAUGCUGGCAUCGAAGCCAUGCAGCGGUACGGAGGAGCUGCGCCAGGGGACAGGACGAUGCCAGGCCCCGCCAUGCAGCAGAUGACUCUGGGGUGGGGGGGUGGCAGCGCUGCCAGGCACUUGGGUGCUCAUCCCGUGGCUUCUGACCUGACGAGGCUGUGA